UGAAUACAGGAACCAUAUCACUGUCGAGUGUCUUGAGAUGUUCCCUACGCGUUUUCUCCAGCUCCUGGUUUGACCUCGUCCAAGUUGCCGUCUGCCUGGACGUCAGCCAUAGAGACGACACGAUAAUUAAUGCAUCUCGCUCGUCGUUGCUGUUCGCUUUGACCUGAUAGCUAGAAAGGAAUCCUGAUAGAGGGAUUUGCGGUCCGUCAAUGAGGAACUACCGGCUCAUCUUCUGCCACAACCUGAAGCAGCCGUAGAUGGUUCACUGGUUCACUGGCCAGGGGAGGAGAGGAUAGGACACACUUUAACUGCUACACGACGUGAGGUCUCAGCGGGGUUGUGGUGAGGAGGAGGAGGCCAUGAGGAAGAGCGUGUCUCCGUUGCCAGGCAACGAGGGCGGGAGCUCGGCCACCACCACACGGGUGUUUGGCGUUUCUUUGGAAGAGGUGACGCACACACACACACUCAGCGGCUACGAGGUCCCUUCGCUGGUCAAGCACAUCGUCGACUACAUAGAGGAGCACGGUCAUCUGGACCUGGAGGGGCUCUUCCUUGUCAAUGGCAAUGCAGAACGCGUGGAUUGGCUGCGCCAGCGCUACGACAACGGAGAGGAGGUGGAGCUAGAGAAAGACGCAGACUUGGCUUCAGCUGUCAGUUUGCUCCGCCUCUUCCUGCAGGAACUCCCUGAACCUGUCAUCCCCACAGAGAUACAGGGACACAUACUGCAGCUUCACCAAGAUUACAGUAAUGAAGAAGAGCUGUGUAGGAACAUGAAGUAUCUGCUUCAACAGCUUCCCCAGCUGAAUUAUGGCCUGCUGCGUUUCCUGUGUCGUUUCCUGGCCAGCGUUGCGUCUCUGCAACAGGAGAGUUGGAACAUUGGGGCGCUGGCUGCCGUCUUUGGACCAGACAUCUUCCAUCUUUCAACAGAGGGAGAGGACCUUAGGGACCAGGAGUCAGUGAGCAGGGUCCUGGCAGAGCUGCUGGACAACCACGAAGGCCUAUUUGACUCAGAGGACGAUGAUGUCUCCACCACCAAUGACUACAGCUCCAUCAAUGAGCAGAUCACAGAGCUGCUGGAUGAUGAGAAGUGUGAGGCAGAGUGUGAGGAGCUGCCUCAAGAUGGAGAGGAGGGCCCUGUCUGCUGCGAUUCACCACAACACACACACACCGAUGACAACCCUGUACCCAGUUCCCACCUCCCCCCGAUCUCCAUUCUGCCUGCCAGCUCUUCUGACAUCAUUGAGCGAACCAUCAGGGCUGCAGUGGAGCAGCACUUCUAUGAGCUGAAGACCUCUAUUAACCAAGACCUAAGCAACUACGACAGUCAAGGGGUGGGUCCCUGUGAUUCUAUGGCCCAAGGUUGCCAUGGAGACGAGCGACAGACGGACCAUAGCGACAGCCCCUGCUUCGCAGACAGGGAGACCCCACUCACACAGACUGAGUACCACCGCGCCAACAGCCUGCAAGACACACAGGAUGUGAAGGAUUCUGGCACUACCCUACAGGAGAAUUUGGGAAUGGACCUGGACACAGAGGCCCUCAUUGAAGCUGAGAACAACAUCAAUACUGCCAGGCAGGACAGCCAACCCUGCGACAACAUUGAGCAGACGGAUUUAAAAAGUUGUGAUCCAAGGUCAUGUCAGUGUGAUCAGAAUGCCAACACAAGCAAGACCAAUAGGAACCACCUGUCACCAUGCCAACCAAACACUGGCAAUUCCCCCCACCUCCAGCUCUUCCCUGACAACCAGUGGGAAGCAUCACCCCCCUCACAUCUACACCUCCCCCCCAUAGACUUCUCAUGUAUGCAUCUGCAGAGGGAAAGCAACGACCCGGUGCCGGCCUACAAGUCCUGGCAUGAUGAUAGCGAGAGUGGGGAGGCCCAGCUUUCGCCCUUGGCCGGCCGCAUGGUUCCCCUUCCCCCGUUGCCCCUGGAGGAGGAGGGAGAGGGGGAGGGCGGGGAGGAUGCCUCCCCUUCCUCCUCCCGCUCCCACCCACACCUUCUGGCGCGCCGCUUCCUGGACUUUGGAGCACACGGCGCCCAACGCUUCCUCCAGCAAGACCCCGACGCCACCUCGCCCACCAAAGCCCAGAGGCCCCGUCGAGCGUCAUUUGGCUCCAAAGAGGCUAUGAGGGGAGCAGAUUCUGUGUCCCAUCAGCUCACCAAAAAGUUACAGCAUCUCAAGAAGAAGAUCAAGCAGUUCGAAGAGCAGUUUGAGAAAGAAAGAAACUACAAGCCCUCUCAUGGAGACAAGGCAGCUAACCCCAAAGUUCUCAAAUGGAUGACUGACCUCACCAAGAUCCGCAAGCAGAUUAAAGGACGUCAGCACCACCUUUUACCCAGAAGCACCCUGAGGCACCAGACUUUGCUCCAUUCACACAGACGCCACCAUCCUCCCUCCUUUCCCUCCUCUUCCUCUUCCUCUACCUGCUCACCUCCCCAUCACACACUCACCCCCCCGCGCCACCCCUACUCAGGCCUGUGCUCUAGACAGUAUCACCUCAAUGCCAAGCACCGUGCUGAGAGUGAGCUGGGGCCUCAGACCCGCCCCCGCAGCAACACCUUGCCCAAGAGCUUUGGCUCCACACUGGACCAUGGCUCCCACGAUGCAUUGGGGGAGGUCAAGGGUCAGCGGCCCACCAGGGAGGAAACACUGGAGCUGAUCCAACGUAGGGUCAAAGGGAAGAGGCAGGAGGAUGGCUGGCCUGAAGACAUCAAGAAAAUGACCAAGGAACAGCUGUCCUGUGAGAAGACAGUCCUGCAGAAGAACCUGCUGCACUAUGAGGGCCUUCACGGCAGACCGGUGACCAAAGAGGAACGUUUGGUAGUGAAGCCUCUCUAUGAUCGCUACAGACUGGUUAAACAGAUGCUCACCAGAGUUAGCAUAACACCUAUUAUAGUAUCCCCCUCCAGUAAGAGGCGAAGCCAGAUCCUCCAGCCAAUCAUUGAGGGGGAGACUGCACAUUUCUGCGAUGAGAUCAAGGAAGAGGAGGAGGAGGAGGGGAAAGAAGGUGAGGGAGAAGAGAGAGUGGAGCAGAGGGAGGAAGAAGGAGAGAGCAGCAGCAGAGGAGAGGUACAGAGCUCCGAGGUCAUCAUGGCCCUUGACCCUGUGACCCUGACCAACAGCCCAACGAGGAGCCAGCCCGACGGGCAGAGCGAGUAUCCAAUCAGCAACAUGAAUCAGACAGAGGGUCCAAUAAGAGCCAAGCUGGAGGAGGGGUCAGGGAAGCUGGCACUGGACUUGAGGCUGUCCAGCUCCAAUGCUUCAUCAAUGCCAGAGCUGCUGGAACAGCUGUGGAAGGCCAGAGCAGAGAAGAAGAAACUGAGGAAGACCAUUCGAGAGUUUGAGGAGGAUUUUUACCAGCACAACGGCAGAAAUGUUCAGAAGGAGGACCGUGUACCCAUGCUGGAAGAGUACAGGGAGUACAAGAGAAUCAAAGCCAAACUCCGGCUCCUAGAAGUCCUGAUCAGCAAACAGGACUCCUCCAAAUCCAUCUAGACCUGCCGUCACUGGAUACCUGCCAGUGUAAGAUCAUUGCAGCUUAGCGGGCCCACACGUAUAGAAAGUCCAUUAGCCUGUCCGACGUCAUCACAGCUGAAAGGGUCUGCCUAUUUGGGAAGGUCCUCCAGCCAAUCAGAUUCACUACUUGCUCAACUCACACCCACCCAGGAACUCUUCAUCCACUGACACUCAUUUAUGAGAGGGCACGCUUAUCUCAGAAGUCCUCGUUGAUGCCAAGAUGAGUCAUGGCACUUAAUGUGACAACAUGACCAUUGCAUGCCACAGCUGACCAUGCUGUACAUCACUCGUUCAUGGCCUGCCCUUUUCCUUUAAACCUUUUUCCUCUCUAGCUAAUCUCCUGCAUUCUUCCCAAGUGACAGCAGUCACAACCAAUCUCCAUGCUGCGCCACCUAUCUACAUGUCAACUAAACCGCAAUCCGCAGCUCGUAAAUGAGGCCAUCAGAUUUAGAAGAGGAGUCAUCUUCUUAUUCCUCAUCGCCGUUUUCAUCCCACAUAUUGCACUCGACUUUGCACCCAUCUCUUAGCCCUCGCAUUUUCUUCCAGCUGGGGAAAGAUUCACCAUCAUCAGACUCCGUUUCACAAACGUUUAUUUUGUAGUCUUUUUUUCGUGGACAUCUGGUAACAACUGUUUUUUGUUCUCAUAUUGUGGAGUCUUGUCAGACAGCUGAAUACUGGCAUUUCAGACAUUCUUUGCAUUAGCAAUCGCUCUUUGUUUGAGACGCCAAGCAAGUAUGAAAUGUCUGUCUCUGUCUCUCUCUCCCACUUCCCGCUGAGAGACACCAUUGGUCAAACCAGUCCCUUCCGCAGUGUGCUGCGAUUGGUCAGAGGGUCUCCUCGUGGCAAGGUGUUUGGAUGUUUUAAUCUCUGACUUUGAAACUGGUGUGGAUUCAGUUCAUAACAUCCCUACACACUCCCGGUAUGUCAUCGCCUGGUUGAUUUUAAAAUGAACUCACAAGGUGAAAAAAAAAUUAUGACCAUUUAUGUGUAUGUAUUCUUGUUCAGUCAAUGUAUACAUACAAGUUUGGAUGUGAGACACUCCUAUGUCCAUGUUCUUGAAUGAAAAAUUGUAAGUAUUGUGCUCGAAGGGAAAAUGGAACAAAACAGCAUUAUUGUUUAUGCAAUCUGGAACAUGAACUUCAUGCUGUCCUGAGAGGAAGUUGAAUGUAUCAGCUCAGUGCCAGUUCAAUUUUCUUCUUAAUGACUUAAAAGUCUCCACCCUCUCACUUUUUUACCUUCUUUUUCAGAGCUCUCUCUCGGUAAAACCUACAGUAGGUUGGCAUGCUUUCAUAUCCGCUUCUCUCCUUCCCUGAUUUUUUUCCCACAAUAAGGCUGAACUCCAUUUUCCUGGAGUCUUUCUCAACGCAGAGGGCACUUUUAGCUUUCUACUGGUUUAAAGGAAGAAAAAAAACUUGGUGAGGACAGCUUAGCUUCAUGGGAAAUGAAGUACAUCGGCAACACACAGGUAGCUGGAAUCUGUUACUUUUUUUUUUUUUUUUUGCACUGCUGUUGUACUGUUGCUCUACCCCCACCCCAGACCUCCACCCAAAGACAAGUCUGUUAUAAAUUUUGGAGGACCAGACGCUGGAUAGAUGUGUUGGGAGAAGGGAUUGGGGGGUCAGUGACCUCUACAGUGGCCUCUGACUUAGUUGUGAUGCAUGUAGCUUUCUUUUGUUUUUCCAUCUUGUCGAGUUGCAUAAUGGAGGUUUCCUGAAGGUGUUGCUGAAGGUCUUCGGGAGGUAAAUGUGGGCUGAGCAGAACAAUAAUGGUGCCAUGUCGUAGCCCCUUCUCAGAAACUAAGAGGCAUCGGCCAUAAUCAAUGAUGGUUUCAUCUGGCUGGACUGUAGUCACUGUCAUAACAGUUUGGUUAACAUUGCAGUGGUGAGAUGCCCUGUCAUUUAAAAAGCAGCAAAAACGCAGUCAACCAUUCCUUCGUAACCACCUGGAACAGGAUGGUGGCCCCAAAAUGCCUGCAACCUCAAAAAAAUAUAUAAAUAAACCAUGGUCAAACAGAGCUGAUUGAUCAGGUUGACCAUUAUAGCUUUUCCAAAGCUAUAUAUCGUAUGGCCAUAUGACCAACACUCCCAGCACAGAGUUUGAGCUCAGAGUCACUUCUGUUAUUGGUAAAUGGACACAAUGUAUGUUUAGUAUUGUUCGUUUCUGGGGGUUUUUUUAUGUGUUGAGCUGUUCAGGCUAGUUUGGAGACUGCUAUAAGUGCUCCCCGGAUGACGGUCAAGUCAUCAGCUUGUUAACAAGAUGAGUAUGACUGUCGUAAGAUGCUGCAGAUUUCGAAAGCUAGAUCAGUCGAGACCACUGCGAGGGUGGCGCAGAGAAUUUUCUUUAUAAGAAAUAAGGAGAGAGUUGAAAACAUCUUUCCUUUUUUUCCUUGUCGUUUCUCUUUUUCAUUGAAAUCCAUAGCUUCAACCUUGGCUUGUGGUUGCUUAGUCUUUACCGGUACGGUUACCAGGCGGGACGAGGUAAUAACUUAUCUUGUUAUGUUCUGAAAACCCAGUUGGCUGGCAAAACAUUGGAAGUGGCAGGUGAAUGUUGAAACUUGCAGGCUGUUCUGACUGCUGGACAAAGAGGUGGUCUCUUGCCCUGGCUGCAGAAUUCAAUUACCUGCCAUUCAGUUUAUCUUUCUCCCCCUCUUGAACGAUCCAAAGUUUGAAAAGAGUGAAGCUUGCCACUUCCUCUUGGCCAGCAGCGCCUCAGAUGUUGAUAUCAACGGGCUGGUGUGUGUCAUAACACUGACAAGCUGAAGUACACACCGUCUCAUCCAAAGCGUGGGAAUAUAGUAAGUCCACUGUCUGUUAACAGAAGGCAUUGAGGUUCUGUGUGUAUGUGUGUGUGUGUGGGGGGGGGUGGGUGUGGAAGGGUUUUGUGCUUCAGGUGUGUGUGUGUGUGUGUGUGUGUGUGUGUGUGUGUGUGUGUGUGUGUGAGCAUGGUAAGGGAGGGUGGAUUUGGGGUGUGAAGAGAUGAUUUUUGCACAGCAUUCAGAGAAUGCAGCCCUAUUGCGUUAGUUUUUGUUUUUAUUUCUUAAUUAAAGCACUACUUACCUACAUAUAUAUCUAUAUACACCUGAAGGAAUGAAUGUUAGAGAUGUUUAAAUUAUUUCAAACGACAUGUUUGGCCCCCUUUGGUUUUCUUAUUUCUGUGACACCCUAAGAAUGUGUAUUUCUCUUUUUUUUUAUUGCUAUUACUAUCAUUACUGAUAUUUUGUAUUAUCAUAAUUGUAAUGACAACAGUAAUCCCUUUUUGUAUCUCUGCUCACUAACCACAUCUGUAAACAGCUGUAAUAGUCAGCCUGGCACUGUUGAAUCAGAUGUACAAUUUACAUUGUUUUUCAGUUUGCUAUUUGUUUUGUUCUGCUCUUUUGUUGUUUGUUCUGUGUAAAAUAGGCUAAUAUAAGCUAAAAUAGAUGCAGUACUGUAGUAAGCUUGCAUGGGAAAAAAGUGAAUAUGAAUAAUAGUAUGAAAAACGUGCUGUUCCUUUCUAUUAUUUGUGCCAUGAAGAAGAAGCAAUAAUAAAAAAAUAAAAAUAAAAAAA